AUGACUCCCACGGAGGAAGUUCCCGCUCGCCAUCCUCACCGCCAGCUGAUCACCUGCAAGGAUGCAGGUGAGGAGAGUAGCAAAGCCCGGCCGAAGGAGCUGCUGGCCCUUGCUGCAACAUUCCCCGCCGACUGUGGCGCGUCCUCGAGUCCUCCACCCUGGCUCGACGCGGACAAGAUAAAAAGAGGUCAGGCGUUGUUCCGUCGACACUUCUUGGGCGUGUUCAUCAGCAACCUGGUGGGCCUGGUGUGUCUGCUCGGCGUGCACAGCGUCCUCAAGGUGCUCGUCUUUACCAACCGCUCCUCCGUCCGCGCCGCCACCUACAGGCGCUACCUCAGCACAAUGAACCACGUGAAGGAGUGGUACUCGGGGGACGUGUUCCACCCAUCCUCAAAAGCCUUCAGGUCCAUCCAGCAGGUGAGAAAAAUGCACUCGAAUGCAUUUACGUCUGCCGAGUCAGCACAGGUGUCCGUCCCAUCGCAGGCCGACAUGGUGGUGACUCAGUGGGCCUUCUUCGGCGUCCUGCUCAUCCGUGGUCGCCAGCUCGGAGUUUACUGUUCCAAGGAAGAGGAAGAAGGCCUCGUUCACUUCUGGAGGGCCGUUGGUUACCUGCUGGGCAUAGAAGACAGAUUCAACUUGGCCUCCGGGGGCCUGGAGGAGGUGCGGUCGCGGUGUGAGGCGCUGCGGGAGGAGAUGGCUGCUGGCCUUGCUUCCCCGCCGCCUCACUUCGCCUCCAUGUCCGAGGCACUGCUGUGGGGCGUGCAUGACGUGGUGCCCCUUGUGGACCCUCCCGCCUUCACCGCCUUCAUCCACGGUCUGCUGGGGCUCCCUCGGCCGGCACUGGAUCUUACCUGGUGGUCCACCUUCAUCCUGAAACUUAUGGAAUGGAACUUUGGCGUGUUGCUUCACCUUCCCCUGCUGGGCGAUGUCCUCCGGGGUUGCCAGAACGGCCUCCUCACGCUGGCCCUCAACACCUGCACCAGCUACCCCGCCGUCCCCGCCUUCUGCCGCCAGCUGGAGAAGUCGGUGUUUAGAGCUCUGGAGAGGGUGAUGGCUCUGUAUUAUAAGGUUAUACAUUAUUCACCUGUUUCCUUUGUUUAUAGACGUUAGGUGGUUUGUACGUGUUUUACAAGUAAAAGUUAAUAGCUAUAAAAACUACAAACUGUCCAGUAGUUGUGAUAAUUUUCAUAGAAUUAUGCAUCAUGAAUAUCUCAAUCUCAUGUCUCAGGAUAAUGCCUCGAUCUCAGAAUUUCGUAUAACUUUAAGCAAUAUUAAAAGUUUGAAGCAAAAUUAUAUAUGAUACCAAGAAUCACAUUCCUACUGCUUGGUCUAGUUUUUAAUGAUAGCAGUGAGAAAAUAACACUUAAUAAAACUAUGAUGAACUAUGAAAACAGUGAUAAUGAAA